AUGCUUCUCAUGGAAGCCAUGGCGUGUGCCUCUCUCCAGCCGCAGACGGCAACAUGGAGACAUCCUUUCUUGCAGCACUUCGCUGCACGCCCACAUUCGACCAAGCCACCCAAGCCACGGCAGUGGACGGGUGCUCCAGCAAGGGCCGCUGCGGCACUGGCUGCCAUAGCAGUGGCAAGGAGACGGGAUGGCCGGAUCGCUUUGGCUGCCGAGGGGCCCAUGGCAGGGGUGGGCGCGCCGCCACCUGCACAGCGCCCCGCGCUACCCAGCACCCUCAGCUCAAAGACGCUGCAAGUGCCUGACUUCAGCUCGUGCACGGAUACUCUCCGCGAGGUUCUUGAAGCUCGAGUACGUCUUCAGGAGGUGGUGGGCACAGGCCGCCGGCUUUGCUACAUUGCUUGUGCAAAGCUGCAAUGCUCUGACCUCACGGGAGCCCAGUCCGUUCUGGAGGAAGUGGAUCAGCUUCCUGGAUUCUCUGCUGCAGUCGGAGACCUUUGGCAGUCGCUUCCGCGGCGGCUGCGUCUGUGCGAAUCCUGCAAUGUGGUCGGCUUUCUUGAGGUGUACAUCCAGACCCGAGGGUUCAAGAGAUUCUUGGAGACAGGCGAGUUGCUCGCCGAGGUGCCACCAAUCUGGCAGACGGGCAUCCCAGAGUUUGACAACGAAUGCUACUUGCUGGGCACCAUCAGCAGCCUGAGGGAACUGGAAAGGUAUGCCGUGAAUCGCGGCCAGGCUUUGGACCUUUCUUCGGUACAGUUCUGCCUGAAGCUGGCGCAGACUCUGGAAGAGGCAUUGAUGCAGUUCAACUUUCGGAACAGCGCUUUGCGAGUCCGCUUCGACGGAGUGAAGUACGCUGUCAAGAAGUUGGAGUCUUUGGUCUACGAGAUCGACAUGGCAAGGCAGAGAGAUCCGUCAGCCAUCAUUGACGAAGAGAAUGUGCCCGCUGGUGAAGUCGCCACCGACGAUGCCCCGCCUGCGCUAGAUUUGGAGAGCAUUGGCGCCAUCAAGCUCACAUAUGACGACUUCGACGAGCGUCGAGAGCAGGUUAUGAAACAGUCUCGCGAUGUUGUCAAGGCAGCAAAGAAUGCCAUCUAUGCACUGCAUCGUUCCGAUAAGCAGCGGGCGGAUGAGCAGCUGAAGCUUUGCGCAGAGAAGGCCAACAGCAUCCACGCUUCGUUUGCCGCUCUCUCGCCCACGCUGAGGCUGGGCUUUUUCAGCGGUGCCUUGGAGGAGCUCGCAGAGGCUCUUGCUUAUCGAGCCUUCCGGUUGGACGGCAAGCUGCUGAGCGUGGAGGAAAUGCAGGAGGCCAGCGGGCUGCAUUUCCCAAUGCUCCUUGCCGAGUACCUGGGCGGCCUCAUGGACCUAACAGGAGAGGUUGGUCGGCUGGCUAUUCGGACGGCAAGCCGAGGUCGGCGAGGGCAGGAUGUCAUCAAAGACUGCUUGGCCUGCGUGCAGGCCAUUUACGACGGAGUUUCCCUUCUCCCUUUUCUGCCGGGCAGCCUGGGGAAGAAGAUCAGUCCCUUAAAAAGCACAUUGGGCAAAAUUGAGCAGGUGCUCUAUGAGCUGGCCUUGCUCUCUCAAGGUGUCUCCUUGAGACCAAGUGACGAUGUUGACGAAGGAUCGGGGUAA